AUGAUAUCCAGGCAAAUCCCCACUGAGUGAAGCCUGAGAAGUCCGCUCCAUGUAACCUGAAGUCUCUGCAAGAAACCCCAGGAGGUCUCAGGUUAUUGUGUCUGACAGCAGCUGACUACCCUGGGCACAACAGUUUAUGGCUUUCAUGAUGAUGAGAAAAAAGAAGUUUAAGUUUCGGGUAGAUUUCGAGUUGGAUGAGCUAUCGUCUGUCCCUUUUGUGAAUGGGAUUUUGUUCUGUAAGAUCCGACUUCUGGAUGGAGGUAGCUUCAGCGUAGAAUCUUCCAGACCUGUCAGCUAAGAGUGCCUCGGUUCCUGAUGAGUUGGGAGCUUGUGGUCACUCCAGGACAUCCAGCUAUGCCAGCCAGCAGUCCAAGGCUUCAGGAUAUAGUACUGGUCACUCACGGUCUUCCAGUUUAUCAGAGUUAAGUCACAGGAGAAAUAUGUCUGUGGGAAGUUCAUCCACAGGGAUUGGGAGUAUCCCAGAGCCCAGCGAAGAUGAUGGCAUUAAAAUUACAGCUUCAAGCCCGGAUCUCACGGAGGAGGGAUCAUCCUCUGAAAAACUUAACAGGCUGCCCAUGAAGCAGGACUCUGUUGAGUCACAGCUAAAACGUGUUGAUGCCACCCGUGUGGAUGCAGAUGACAUUGUGGAAAAAAUCCUCCAGAGUCAGGACUUUAGCCUGGACUCUAGUGCAGAAGAGGAAGGUCUGAGGCUUUUUGUGGGUCCAGGUGGAAGCACAGCACUUGGCAGUCACCUCUUACCACACAGGGUUGGAGCUGGAGCAUAUGAGCAGGUGGUGAUGAAGCGCUAACAAAUACACUACAGGGUAUUCCGGUGCAGGAUCCAGCCUGGAAUGUGGCAGAACCACAAAACUGUGUCCCAGUGCCCUGAUUGGAACUUUGACAGCUCCGUAGAGGAGUUUUAGAUCAGAUGGGCUCUCUGUCCUGUUAGAAAAGGGCAACACUCGUUUAUCUGGGCGUGAUCUGAGUUGUAACACAGUAAUAUUGCUCCAGCGGGUGACACAAUCUGGGCUUCCUGAGAUAAUCACUAAUAAUCUUACAGACCAGGGUCUGCUUUUAUUUAUUUUUUUAUAUUACUUGGGGACCAUAUACACAAUCAUUAAGCUAAACGUUCAGAUGUCCAGCAAAGCCAUAUUCUGCCUAGGGAGCAUCUCCGUUUGGUACCUUAAUAUGUAAUUCCUGCAUCGUGCAGAACAUAACUUGCUAUGGGGUAGUAUUUGUGACAGCCCAGCGUGACACUGGCAACGUGCACCCUCUGGCACGGCCCUCUGUAGCUUAUCCAGCUAAUGCACUCUAAUUGUAUCACAUCCACCCAUUCGCCCCCGUUAUCUAUAGAUCUGCAAUCCACCCUAAAAAUGCUAUAGAAAUCCUAAUGCAUUGCUACCCCAAGGGGUUAAAGAUGCGAUUCCCAAAUGCUAAAGGGUUAAGGAUGUAAUUGUGUCAGACUGUACAAACAGUGCUGUUAAUAUGUUAACUUUUUUAUUCUUUGAAAUUAGCAAUUUAUAAAUCUGUUUAAAUGUCUGAGCUUGGUGCAUCUAAAUAAUUACUCGCCCAGCCACAUGGGCAGAACCAUCAUCGGCCUCACUUAAUUCAACGCUAGUACCAGGCUGACACCGGAAGUGCUGUAAUCUCACAGGAGUCUAGUUAGUGUUGUCCAAUUCUAGAUUAUAGGAAAAAAAUGGCACUGUUUGCACUUAAUCUGACUAUCAUGUUAGCGUUUUUUAAGCUCUAGUUAUAUUUUAGGUCAGCUAGAACUUUAUUCUGCCGGCAAUUUAGCACUUUAUUGUACAGUGACACAUUCUAAUCACAAACCAGUGAAGGUUACAAAAAUCUAAUCUGAGUAAAUUCAGGUGAGCAGAAAUGCAAGGCCAGUGGGACCACUAGAUUAGACCCAUAACAGGCCGCAGUGAAAUGCACGUUUAUUAAUGUUAUCACUUAUUGUCCAAUACUGUAAUGCCUUUGUUAACUGCUUCAGUGCUGUAAUGAGGUGCCAGCCUGUACAGUAAUGAAGAGGUUAAUGUGCUGCACCAUAUACAAUCAUUUUGUACUUGCAUCAGUGUCUGAGUAUCAGGUGUAGUCUGCACAAUACACAACUUCCUAUCAAUGUGUCCCCUUCUGUACAGUAACAAGGUGGGACGUUAUAUUUAGCAUCACAGUACAAUAUAUUGAGGAAGAAUCUUAUUUUGAGGGGGGGGGGAUUGAAACAUUUCAUGUCUGGUGUAAUUUGGAGUCAGUUUGUAAAGUUAAUAUUUUUAUACAAUUUUUGUUUUUAUUGAAUUUCUUGUUUAUUUUAUGGACGUCUUUGGUUUCCAGCUGGGUAAUUGCACAUUUGUUUUUGAUAUCAUUUUCUGAGAACUGGAAAUCUUACAGGAAAUCUAAGAUGAUUGGGAUGAAAUUUAACCCCGUGGCUGCUAAAAAGGGCUUUCCUACACCCUCUCUGGCAGUGAGAAGGGUUAAAUAGACAGCAGUACUUUUACAUUAUAGCUGAAUCUGCAGAAAUAUUAACUUAUCACUGUUAGAAUAAUGUUUAAAGGGACAGUGUACUAUAACAUUGUUUUUUCUAGCGACUUGUUAUACCAAAACCAGAAUAUAAAAUGUAUAAGAAAUAACUCCUUUCUGUUUAUUUCUGUAUAUGAAACAGUUGUUUUUAUCGUUGGAAACCACAACCUAUUAAAAUGGGCUUAGCUUGCUGGGAAAUUAGACUGAUUUAUCUUAUCGUUUUCUAAACACACAAAUGCUUCUCUUAUCUCUGUCUACAUACCAAAGCCCAAUACUUAAGUAAUAAAAUGUUUCCAAUUGUUCUUGUUAUCUCCCCUACCCUCACUGGGAGUGCAAUUUCUUCUGCUGGCUGUGUUUACAGAGCGUUUCUAUAGCCAAUAAUUAAGUAUAGAAACUUUCAGUAUAGUUAGAGAUACCACAGACAAAAUUGUUAUUUUAAAUACUGAUAUAAAUGUAAAGGAACUACUUGUAAACAAUUUAAUAAUUUCCAGCAUAUAAAAUGAAUAAUUAGGAACCAAUUAAAGGGAAGAGAAUAUCAGAGUACACUGUCCCUUUAACAUGCGCCUCUUGUUUGCAGGCCGCACUGAGCAUACGUGGGAGACAGAUGUGCGCACAGACAUAUUGUCAGAGCGUUACAUGCACGCCAUCACUGAUAGCUUUAUAAUCCACACAAAAUUUUACUGUUUCACAAGCUCCAGUGCAUAUUUCAUGUACCACUGAUAUCUCUUUAAAGGGAAAUUGUAGUAGAAAAAUUACGCACUCUGAAUCGUUAGCACUAAUUCAUUAAGAGUGUGUGCAAUACUCACAAUACAGCCCUAUGUGUGGAACCCAAGUAAAGAGAUUAAAACCAUAGGUAAAGUCCUGUAUGAACACAGCUAGUUAUUGGUUGGGUCAUGUGGCUGCCUCUCACUGUGGCUCCAAAGUGUGACUUUGCCUAUGUAUUUAUGCUUUUAAGGCAUGUAAUUUGUGCACUACAACGUCCCUUUAACAAUGCAGAUUUAAAAAUUAAAUACAUAAGUAAAGUCUCAGUAAUUGUUCAUUAUGGAUUUUUUUUCCGCUUUUUAUUUUUACAUUUCUGCCUAUUAAAGUGAUUCCAUACCUGUGUAUGGAGAAUGAACUUUGAAUGUGCCAUAGGAUCAUGGAUUUGGGUUUGAAACUGACAAAUCGUUUCUAGAAUUACUUUUUUUAUUUGUAAUGUGGUGUCCUUUCCAUACUGAAUAAAUACAUCUUAUGUA